AUGUUGGGUUUAAUGAAUUCACCAACCGAAUGCGACGAAUUUUAUGCAGAACGAAGCAGAGAUGGUGAAAGUACAGCAUUCCCGGGGCAGCAUCGAAAAAAAGCACAAGUCUCUUAUCGACAGGACGGACGACGCAUGAUUGAUGGAAAUGUGGAAAAAGUGAAGGAACCGGGCGAAAUGUGGAACAGCUUGCUGAUCAAAAGUGCAGCGCGAUAUGUGGAUGGAAGCAACGGAAGUAUCACGGGACAAUGUGUAACGGAUCAACCAGAGGGCCGCGUGUUGGAGAACGAUGUCACAGUGAUGCCGAAGCUUCUAGACAUUACAAUGCGUUGUAAGCCGAAGACAACAACGGUCAUCGAUUACCUCGGUUCGACAAGCGUUGUGUUCAUUUCCGAGUCUGGUCAAGACAAGGCAGAGGAAGGAAAUGAGGUACAGGAAAAAAGCAAAGUAGGAAAAUAA